AUUGAGCAUUGUAAUAUAGAAAUUCAUUGUGACAAAAGUAUGGAAGAAUCUGCUGGUAGUUCACAGAACAUUUGUUUAAAAUUAUCACCAUAUUCCAAUAUAUCUAAUACUCUGUAUACAAGUGAUGAUGGUGAUAUAAUAAUAAUAAGUGACUCCAGUUCUAAAUCAACUUCUAGUAAUUCUAAAUAUGCUUCAAAAUCAAAGUCAAUAUCAAACAAAUAUCCUGUAAGAAGUAAUGAGAUUUAUAUUUUGGAUUCUUCAGACAGUGAUUCUACAAAUAGUAAAAAUGAAAAAAGAUACUUGGAAACAUGGAAGAAGCAUAAGAAAUUUGAUUUUAUUAAACACCUACCAGAAAGAAAAGGUCUUGUAAAAAAAAAGAAUGUAUUAUAUACAAGUGAUGAAUCUUCAACUAAUAGUAGUGAAUACAGUAAAAAAUACAUUACACAUUCUGACAAAACUAGUAACAGUUAUAUGAGUUCAACUAUAAAAAAUAAUGUUAGAAAUAUAUCAAAUGUAAAUAUUCAAUCUGACAGUACUGUAAAUAAAAGAAAUGUAUUAUUGGAUAAUGCUUCUGGUAAUAGCAGUACUAGCUCUAAGAGUUUUAAAAACACUGUUCAAUCAACUAAAACUUUGACUCCUAUUAAAAAGACUGACAAUAGUUUGAAGAAAAACUUUUCACGAAAAGAUGUUAAAAAUAUUAUGAAAAAUAUAAAAUCUACAAAACUAAUAUAUGAGUCACCAAAACUUCAGAAACAAAAUAAUGCAGAACAGGAUAAAGAGACAGAUGAGGAUAAUAUCCACCCAGCUAUUUCACCUGAAAAUUAUUUAAGAACAAACAAUAUAGUUAUUGACGAAACUCAAGUAGAUUCUGAAAGUGAUGUUAUUUCUGACUCUCAAGUAAAUGUAACAAAUCAUUAUAAAUCUCAUGUUAAUAAAUUUUUGGAUACACUAAAUGUGGAAAAAGAAGCAGGCACAACAUGCCAUGAAUAUGAACUAUCAGAGCGAAAAAGGAAGCAGAUUUCACAAUGGAUUAUGGCAAAUUCACCUGACUCACAAAGUAAUAGUUCAUUUAGUGUUGUGCCUUCUAGUAAUAAAGAUGAUGUAAGUUCUGGAAACAGUAGCUUAGAAAGAUUAGAGAUGAAUUAUGAAACUCCAAAUAAUAGGGGAAGAAUACGUCAACAACCUGUAGAUGAAAAGGAAAUUACUGAUUCAGAUUAUAAUAAAACGCCUCACACUGUUAUAUCGCGUCAAACUAGAAUAGAUGAGUAUGUCCAGCAAUCAAAAAAUAAUGCUCCUGAACUCUGCACAUCAAAAAAAAGUCACACUAGCAAUAGUGCACUUUCAACUUCAACAAAAAAUCUAGGAACAAAUACACCACAAAAAGUAGAUAUUAUGGAUUGUCUAGAUAUAUUAGAGAAGUUGUAUGGCAAAUCUUGGCGUGACAAAGCUGAUAUAUUGUUUCCACAAUCUGAACCACGUAAACAAGUGGUUCCUACAAAAAAUAGGGCUGUUCAGACUGAAAGAAAAAAAGUAAACAAGAAACAAGAAAGAUUGUAUAUAACGGAUUCAGAUGAUGAUUCUAAUACAUCUUUAAAGAAUCCGAAAUUACAAACUCCAUCAAUAAAGAAAAGUGUUAGAAAAAAAACUAAACCAAGAGAUAGUUUUAUUAAUGAUGUAUCAUCAUCAGAAAGUGGGCUUGAAAGUUUGUACUACACUGCAUUGACAAAUCCAAGAUCAUCAACAACUAGCACACAGUCAAAACCAAAAAUUCCACCAAUUACACAAAAAGUUAUUGCAAUAUGUGACACAGACAGUGAAGAUGAAAAUAAUAAAAAUACGAACAAUCAAAUACCUGGCAUAAGAAGAAGAAAAUUGUCAUUUAGUAAUGAUGAAAGCAAUGAUUCUGGUACCAGUGAAUUUGAUCCUGGUGAUCAUGUACCACCAAAAUCUAUAGUUAGAAAAGAUACCAUAAGAACUCCGCGGCAAACGUUUAAAUUAAAUGCUCCAAGUAAAUCUAACAAUCGAAAACAUGAAAAAUUUAACAGCUUCUUGGCAUCUUUGUCUGAAAGUGUUCCCAUUGAUAGUGCACAUCCAGAUGCUAAGAAAUAUAGAUUGAAUUUUAAAAAUAAUAAAGACGAUUUAUGUAGUAGCUUAUAUAAGCUAUACAAUGAAAAGGUAUUUGAUAACGAACUGCCUAAAGAUCUGUUAAUAGAGUGGAAUAUUCGUAUGAGAGGAACUGCUGGUUAUUGCUACAAUAAGAAAUCAGUGAAAACACUUGGUGGUAUUGUAAAAUCUUCACGAAUAGUCUUAGCAACAAAGAUUUUAGACACUCCAGACAGACUUAGAGAUACUUUAAUUCAUGAAAUGUGCCAUGCAGCUGCAUGGUUAAUAAAUAAUGUUUCUGAUGGACAUGGUCCAUUUUGGACAGGAUGGGCCAAUAAAGCUAUGAAAACAUUUCCUGAGCUACCGCCAAUAAGAAGGUGUCAUGAUUACAAAAUUAAGACGAAAUUUACGUAUAAAUGUGUAGGUUGUGGAUACAGCAUUGGUAGACAUUCCAAAUCUUUGGAUAUUGAAAGAAAACGAUGUGGCCAUUGCUACGGAAAAUUCGAGUUAUUAGUAAAUAAGACAACGAAGUCUGGAACUAUCCAAGUACAGACACCGAAGAGAGAACCUACGGCGUUCGCACUUUACAUAAAAGAAAACUAUAACUCUGUAAAGAAAGAGCGUAACGCGAAACAUGGUGAAAUAAUGAAGAUUCUAGGUCAGCAAUUUUCAACAAUUAAAAUUGUAAAGGGGCAAGAAAAUUUGGAAAAUAAUCCGGAUACUCCCUGUUAAAUAAGCGAUACAGAUUAUAUUCAGCAUUGUUUUUAAUGCUUCCCAUUUUAUUUAUA